AUGUCUAAUUCCAAAGAUGUUAAGUUCUCCUUAAGAGUUUUUUUGCACAAACAGAAAACCAAAGUUCUUUUCGCCGAAGUUGAAAGUGAUUUUGCGGAUGUUUUGUUAAGCUUUUUGACAUUGCCAUUGGGAACAAUCGUGAGGGUACUGAAGAAGCACUACGGAGAAGGUCAAGAGACACAUGUCGUCAAUAUUGGAAGCUUAACCAAUUUGUACGACAGCUUAUCGAAUCUCGACGGCGUCUAUUUCUGGACAGAGGGUUGUAAGGAGGUGCUCCUCAAUCCCACAAGUUCAUUCCGAGACGAAUGUCGUAAACUGAAACUUGAUAUAAGUGAAACUCAGCCCACUGAACAUUUCACUUGUCCGUUACCGAAAUGUUAUGCAUCUUGUAAUAUGGAUUGUUUAAGUGUGUACUAUGAUACUUCAGAAUGUAAUUGUGGAAGAAAAAGGGUAAGAAAAAUAGGUCCUCAAGCUAUUAAUCGUGCUGGUGGAAUUUUUACCGUCGAUAUAGCGUCGUUUAUUAUCUCUGACGAUCUUCGGGUAUUCCCUAAUUCGACUGGCUUCAUUCACACACUCAGAAAUCUUGGCAUAACCGACAUGGAUUUGGGUGAGCUAAGGAUUGUGACUUUUGGGUUCAGUGAGAUUAUGGAUUUGCUUAAGGGAUCGUUAUUCUCCGGUACUCCACUGUCCGAUGUUAUACUCAACAAAAGACAGGUUGAUCAUUUUGCCACGGUAAAAUGUGAACCAAGAAUUUUAUCUCUGAAGGAGAAAGAAGCAACUUCUAACUCAAAGAAGAUAAUUUUGAAAAUUAUGGUACGAAAGUCUACCAAUAAGUUGUUGUUUGCUCGAGCAGGGCAAGAUUUUAUGGAUUUUCUUUGUAGUUUGUUUGCCAUCCCUUUUGGAGCAGUUGAAUACCUUUUGGGUGGCAAUACAUCUCUUAAGGCUAUAGACAAUUUAUACAGAAGCAUAGUGAUGUUUAUUGAUGAAAGUCAUCUAGCAACACCAUAUAUCAAAAAUAGGCUAAUCAAAGGGAAGUUGCGUCACGGUUAUAUUUCCAAAUUUCAAAUUCUUCCUCUCACCGAAGAAAGAUUUUGCUAUAGUACUGAUGGUUAUGUACCCGAAAUGAGAAAUUUUUCUUCUGUCAAUUUUGUGAAAGGGCCGGGGAAAUAUAUCAGGGGACCGACAAUGUAUAAGAUAACUGAUGAUUUAACUGUAACACCUUUUUGUAUGGCCUCAAUUCUUUUGGGUUUCAAGGAGCAGAAUAUUCAUUUAUCUGACGUACAGGAAUGGAGCUUGAGAUAG